UAUACACCUUGAUCAAGAGCAGACAUAUUCAGUUUGAGCGUCAGUAAAACAACGUUAUCGUCUAUUUCUGGAAUCCAUAGCGCUGAAACGUGUGGGGUUUUGCAAGUCUAAGAAUCGUCUACGACAAAAGAUAUAAAACAACGAAGAAUUUCGGUGAUUAUACGGAUGAGGAAGAAAGAAGUCGUCGAAAUAUAGAGAUAAAAUAAUAGAGACGAAGUAACCUACUAGACUGUUUAUAAAAAUAGCGAGCAACUUAAGUGAAAUCAUCGUCAGACUAAUUGGAACAUUUAUUCAGAAUGUCUCGUUCCUUUUUAAACAAAUCGUUAAAUCGAAGUGGAAAAAAGGCCUAUGCAUCGGCCAAUAACAACGCAAUUACCGAGAAUGAUAAUCGCUUGAACAAUACUGUUUGUGGAGCACCCAUGAAAGCUCCAUCCAUCAAAUUUCAACGAAACAAUUCCCAUCCAAUUCCGAAAACAAUUUGGAGUACCUCGCCGGUACGAGAGAAUGUAAAACAUUCCAGUCAACCAAAGAGUUUACGAAAGUUUCUCAAAUUCAUUCGACCGAACUCGGGAAAGAAAAACCACUCAACGUAUCGAGCUUGUGCAUACGAACUUGAUGCACCAGCUCUAUCAGAUGAUCUAAAUGCGUCUGCAAAGGCUGAGCAAAACGUUCAGAGUCAAUUGUACCGGCAAAAUAUUACCAAACGUGAUGAUGUGGUUGAACGUGCAGUCCCAAACAGUGUUCUCAAAUCAUCCAUUAACGGUAUCUAUGAUGUUGGUAACGAUAAUGCACUCAAUGAAUUUGUGGAUUUUGUUAGUCCGGUCACAAUAACAGAUUCAGUUCAAUCCAUCGGUUCGAGGCCAUUAUAUCAGAGAGGUAAAAGAAUCGACGGCACAAAGGACAUUAUAUCGGAACUCGAUGAGCUAGAACGAUGGAGCCAAAAUAUAUCACAAAGAAUUUUAGCUGCAGCGGAACCGACUGUAGACAUGAACGUUAAUGUCAUUAAUUGCCAACCAAGAGAAAUCCAACCGAAGCGAAGUGUUCUAAGGAACACCAUUGCAUUACCAGUGCAUUUUUCGUCGGGAUACUUCCGUAAGACACCGGUAUCGCUGAGAAAAUGUUGUUCACCUGACUCAGUAUCCGCAGUACUAGCUGAAGAGGCGAUUGAACGAGACUACGAUAUUUUAAACAACGUGAAACAUUCAAACAUCAUUCUUUUGAUGGCAGCUAGCUACCAUCAGAAAUCAUUGGUACACAUGACACUGGUACUGGAGCCCGUCGAUUACACACUGAACUAUUCCAUUCAUGAAAUGGACACAACAAUGUCGGUAGGUCAGUCCAUAUCGGUUGUUCAACAAAUCGCUAGUGCUGCCUUGUAUCUCCACGAGUGUGGCUACAUCCAUUCGAACAUCUCCAGCCACAAUGUCCUUGUACGAGAAAAUACGUGGUGCGUGAAACUUUCAUCGUUUGAACUUACGACGGAGGUCGAUUUUGCUCGGACGCGAAUGGAGCUUAUGACCGAAUAUCGCCAUAAAUUGUCAACACUGAACAGCCGAUGCGACGAUGCACGGGCAGAAGAUGAGACUGCUUCGAUGUGGGAUCAGUACAGGCAAAUGUCAAAACUGUUGCCAACGCUGAAAUGUUCUCCCAAUACACAGCCGAAGCAUUUGAGUAAGAUGUCCAGACAUCUAAGCUAUGACACCACCUACCGUCAACAUCUGUCGCUGCACAAUUUUCAAGCACCAGAACUUUUAACCACGAAAGAGCGGUUUGUCUUUCCAACACAAAAGGCUGACAUCUACUCGCUGUGUCUACUGCUAUGGGAAAUGCUGAACAAUUGCGUGCCCUUCGUUGUGUAUAGUCAAGUGGAUAUGGAAAGAAAGAUCCAAUCGAACAAUCUGAGUUUGCCGUUUUUUGAACGGGAAAAGUGCCAGCCGUUCAUGGACAUGUUUAAGAUUGGCUUAGCGUUAACUCCUGAAAAACGAACAAUCGAUGUACAACAAUUGAUCACAAUGCUGGAGAACAUCCAGUUUAAAAUUCAGUCUGAUAAGAAGGACCAGGAACCACACGUAGGACGGACCGAUACCAGUGAAGAUGACUCCCACCACCAUCAUCAUCAGAAUGAGAACCUACACAUAAAUAUGGUUCCAGAGGAGCAUCCAAUAAAUAUGAGCUUAUCGACAAGUUCAAUAUUUUCUCCCAAUUCUACGGAAUUCAAUCAACACUUACACCAAAACGAAGUAACCAGCACGAAGACGAAGCGAAGGAAGUCUACACAAAAAUUCUUCAAGAAAAACACUUUUCGGCAAUUGUUCAAGGAUUCCAGGGAAGCGGUACUCAGUGACGAAUGUGAAAGUUUAUUAUCUCAUUCUCAACUAAGCAAACAGAUUGAAGCAAUAGCUAGUGAAAUUUGUCUUAAUCAAUCCAAAGAGGAUAGUGAAAGCAAGUUCAAUUCAAUCGUAGCAGCGUUGUCAUCCGAGGAAAAUGAAUUUGAAUCAAAAAUGUUGGAAGAAAAACCGGCAGACAGAGGUAGUGGUAACCUGGACUCGUCGGAGAAUAACUUUGGAGAAAAUUCAUUUUUAAAUUCUCCCAGUGCCUGGAAAAACGAAAUCCGACUCAAUUCCGGGUUAUCAACUAAACGUUUGAAAUCAGCGAAUGAGGACAUCGACGAACUGUUGACUGAAAACCACGAUCAAUCACAGCGAUUGAACGAUAGUAAUCAAUUGAACGUUAGCAUACGUAUCGUACACAAUAUUGCCUCACCAAAGAAAAGCUCUCUGGUUAUGUCAAAAAUUAAAUUUUUUGAUUCGAACACGAAAACGUCAUGCAACACACCCCGUACAUCAAAUACUAAAGUUAGCAACAAUCGCAGAGUAGACGACAUCGACGUAAAUUACUCAGCCAAUUAUCCCAUUAAAGAUUCGAGUUUCAAAGAAUUAGUCGAAUUGGACGAUAUAGCACCUUCCACAUUAGUGCCCAAUUGCGGCACUUUACGAAUGUCCCAAAGAGAAUAUCCAUUGUCAAAUGUUGAUCAGCCCGUCAUAACCAGCCAUUCUAAAGGUUCACAUGAUGCAGCAGAAAAUACCAAAGCUGGUGCUUCGAGAUGGCCAUCGGUACGCGACAGAAUUUUGCAAUUUGAGAAGCACAGCGGCCUGACUACGAAACCAUCGCCACCGUUGCGAGUAGCAACAGAAUUUGUGAAAAGCAUAUCAAAGUACGUAAUCGGCACCCAAUCAAAUGCCGUAAGGGUCACUGAAACACCAACAGUAAUCAGGCGGCCUGUUGAGAGUGAAAGUAUUGUGCCAGGUGUUGCCUUAGAUAAACAGAUUCACGUAUUUAAUCAAAUGACCUCGGCUCGUCAAAAACAGUCUCCUGAAAUUACAUCAAAUACGAGUCAACCACGUCGAAGAUCGGCAGAAUUAGACGAUGCAGACCGACCUAAAAUUGUGGAGAUGAUUGGAGCUUAUCACACUACGUGUGCCAGCCGAAAAGGAUUAUUGAGUCCUACUGCGGAAAUAACAAAAGAUGGAUCAUGUCAUGGUCAAACGAAAUAUGCUAACAAGGAUUGCACAGGCACAACAAAAAUGUCGGCAGAUGAAUUAAGAGCUUCAACAUGCGACUCGGAUGCUGACAGAUCAUUCGACGUAACUGAUCAUUCGUUAUCGUCGCCAGUGACAAACAGCCAAGGAACACCUCAGAGGCGCUAUCGUGUUCGUGUGCAAGUAGAUCAGAACAAUCAUUCCAUUGAAGACCUGUACAUAGACGACGAUUUUGAUCAGGGACUUGGCCUUGGCGCUAACAUAGAAUUACAGUCCGAUGGUUCCGAUUUCUUCAACUUUGACUUCAUUUUAUAGGAAUGCUAAUUCCGAACCCGAACCGAAAAAAUUGUGCACGUUUCCAGUAAAAUAAAUUAGCGUCGAAGCAAACAUUAUAGGGGACCUUUAAGAUGGUAUCAUUGGUUUAAAUGGAUUAGCAUAG